AUGACCACUAUUGAUAAGUACUCUCCAAGAGAUGGCGAUGCCGUUCUCCCUCUCUUCUCCCUUAAAGGCCGAACCGCUAUCGUUUCUGGGGCCGGUGCCGGUAUUGGGUUGGCCGUAGCAGACGCUCUGGCCGAGGCUGGGGCAAACGUUGCCAUCUGGUACAACAGCAACAGAAAGGCUAUUGAGAGAGCCGAAGCAAUCGGCAAGAAAUGGGGCGUCAAAACCGCCGCCUACCAGGUGGAUGUGACCUCGCAGAAAGCAGUACAAGAAGCUGUUGACAAGAUCGUCUCAGAGUUCAACAACCGCCUCGACAUCUUCGUUGCGAACGCCGGAAUCCCUUGGACCAAGGGUAGCAUCCUCGAAGCCGGCGAGGAGGGAUUCGACCACUACCGCAAAAUCAUCGCUACCGAUCUCGAUAGCGUUUACUUCUCAGCCUAUGCUGCCGGGUUGCACUUUCGCCGACAGGGAACCGGUUCAUUCAUUGCUACCGCUAGCAUGAGUGGCCACAUCACUAACAUCCCGCAGUUGCAGACCGCUUACAAUGCAGCCAAGGCUGCGGUUAUCCACUAUGUGAAAGGACUGGCUGUUGAGUGGGCUGGUUUCGCGAGAGCAAAUUCGGUCAGUCCAGGCUACAUUGCUACCGAGAUUAGUGACUUCGUGCCCAAGGAGACGAAGGAUAUUUGGAAGGAGAAAAUUCCUUUCCAUCGUGAGGGAUUGGCGAACGAGCUCAAGGGUGCUUACCUCUACCUCGCUAGUGAUGCUGCUACAUAUACCACCGGAACCGACAUUAUCGUCGAUGGUGGUUACGUUCUGCCAUAGAUAUUACCGCUUUGUAUAGGCUGUGUUAGAUUUAAUAGUUGGGAUAUAGGAUGCUUUUAGGGCAAUAACUUUGAAGGCUGAAUAGGAACUAGUAUCAGUUUGUCAAAGG